AUGGCCCGUGCUCGCGCUCUUCCUGUACUCCUGGCUGGCGUACUCUGCGCAUUGGUGCUCCGCUGCUGGAGUCCGGCUGCAUUCGUCGCCCCGCAGGGCCAGCGGACGGUCCAUGUAGGCUGCCAGUCUCUGUCAGGUGCCUCUCUGGCCUCUGGCAAUCUCCCAGCAAUUCUCAAAAGGGUGCCAGCACGCCCUGGCGUGCCUGCUCACUUCAAGGUGACCAUGCAAACUCCCGAUGGCUCGCGGACUUUCGAGUGCCCAGAGGAUGAGUACAUUCUGGAUCAGGCUGAGGAAGACGGCUUGGAAUUGCCCUACUCCUGUCGCGCAGGCUCCUGUUCCAGCUGUGCUGGUAAGGUCUUGGAGGGCACCAUCGACCAGAGUGACCAGGCUUUCUUGGAUGAUGAUCAGAUGGACCAGGGCUUUUGCCUCACCUGCGUGACCUACGCCACGUCAGAUGUUGUCAUUAAGACCCACUGUGAGGAUGAGCUCUGA